AUGUCAGCCCCCAGAUCCGGCGCGCGGCCAGUGCCUCCCCCCCCGCCGCCCAGUUGGACGACUGGCCAGUCUCAAGCCUCCCAGCUCAACUCCGAUCAAACGCCCACAGUCUAUCUCCCGUCCCCAGGCUCCCAGACCAACUACGCAUCCGAAAACCUCGAACUGUCCCAACCCGGGCUGUCCAGCCCCGCAAAUCGUCGAGGAUGGCGGAACCAAGGCUGUGGUACAGUCAUUAGUGAAUCCAACAUCGUCUCAGAAGUCACCUUCGGUGAAUCCUCAUCCGGCGCGGCGAUGGUGCAGGGAUCCUUCGUCGGAGAAGACCAAACUCACGUCCGCAGUUAUGGCCCGGGCUUCCAGCGUGGAGGCGGCAUGGAGAGUCGGGAAAUGACCGAGCAAAACGGAAACCGCUACAUGCAGCAACUCGCACGAAACUUACUCAUUCCCGAAAGUGCCUCCAAGGCGGCUGGUCAGGUCUUCAAGCUCGCAGUGGGUCUCAACUUCAUUCAAGGUCGCCGCACCAAGACCGUGGCCGCCGUCUGCUUGUACAUCGCCUGUCGCCGUUCAAAUGGCAACACCGUCAUGUUGAUUGAUUUCGCCGAUGUUCUACAGAUCAACGUCUUCAAGUUGGGUCGCUGCUACAAGGCUCUCCUCGACGAGCUUCGCCUCGGUGGCAACGUCUUCCUCAUGAAUCCGAUCGAUCCCGAAAGUUUGAUCUACCGUUUCGCCAAACAACUUGAGUUCGGAUCAUCGCUCAUGGCAGUUGCCGGAGAAGCAGUUCGCAUCGUGCAGCGCAUGAACCGUGAUUGGAUGACUACGGGUCGACGCCCAGCCGGUCUUUGCGGUGCCGCGCUGAUCCUGGCCGCGCGCAUGAACAACUUCCGCCGAACCGUGCGUGAAGUGGUGUACAUUGUCAAAGUCACAGAAACCACCAUCAGCACCCGUUUAAACGAGUUCAGUUCCACAGAGAGUGGUGAACUGACCGUGGAUCAAUUCCGUUCCGUUCAAUUAGAGAACACCCACGACCCCCCUUCAUUCAAUCGCGCACGAGAUGCACGGAAGGGCCGUGUAAAGCACGUCCGAAAGGCAGCUACCGAGAACGACGAUGACUCUUUGUCCGAAAGUGAAACCGAAUCUGUACAGCCUCAUCGCGUGGAUGCGGAUGGCUUUGCUAUUCCCAACCUCCCCAUUGACCCAGCGUUAACUGCAGGCCAGGGCCGGCGCUCUUCAGUCGUCGCCAAAGCUGUCAGCGAUGUCAUCGAAGAAAUGAAGAACGAGACAACGAAAUCCAAGGGCAAGGGGAAACGCCAACCCACCCCGGAACCAUCUUCCGAUCAGCUUGCGUCUGAAGAGGCGCUGGAAGAAGAGAUGCGAUCUAUUCUAAACACCAAUAUGGCCGAAAAUGGUUCCUCUGGGCCCAAGCGACCCCCAGUGUCCGACAGCCCCGAGCUUGAUGAGGCGGAAUUUGAAGAUGACCCCGAAGUCGCGUUUUGUCUCCUGUCACCCGCCGAAGUCGAAUUCAAGGAAGCAGUCUGGGUCACUGAGAACAAGGAAUAUCUCCGGGCCCAGCAAGCCAAGGCUCUCAAGCGAGCUCAAGAAGAAGCCGACGGUGGUCCCACCCCUCGCAAACAACGCAAGCGCCGCCGCGGCCGCCUUGGAGAUGUUACCUACCUGGAAGGCGAAGAGGGUGAAGACGGUCGCCGCUCCCGUGCCACUACUCCGGCUGAGGCUACACGUCGCAUGCUCGAACGCCGUGGCUACAGUAAGAAGAUCAACUACUCUCUCCUCGACACUCUCUACGGCGGAGAAGGAGGCGACACCAAACAGGAAAGCAUGAGCCGCAGCAUGAGCCGCAGUGCCAGUGUUGCCUCCCGGCGCAGUGCCAGCAUUGAGCCAGAGCAAUCCUUCCGCUCUCGACGCAACACACCAAGCCGAAAUCGACUAUCUCGUCCUCCAUCUAAGAUGCGAUCUGCUGCGCCCCUUCCGACGCCACCCUCAACUGCUCCUACUGCCUCACAAGAAAGAGCACAGGCAGCUCCACUCAAGGAUGGUCCUCCCAACGAACCCGAAGACCUCGACGACGAGGAAGAUGAAGAGGAUGACGACAAUGGAGAUGGUGUCGAUGAUGCUCUCAACGGGAACUAUUACGAGGAGAGUGACUACGAGUAUGACGACGACGAUGAUUGA